CACGUGCUCCCCACGCGUCAGCUCACUGCCGCGCUCUCCCUGACUUCCUAAAUCCUAAACAGCAAACGGGGCUCCUCCCGAGCCUCGGAAACUCAGAAAGAUGCCUCCUUUCCGCUGCCCUCUCGGGGGUCGCUCCCUCCUCCGCCCUCCUCCUCCUUCAAGAUCCCUCUCCAGCCAAAACCCUAAGCCGCCAUUAGACUCCGUGGGCCCCCUCGCCUGCCGCCUCUCCUCCCGCUCCGUCCUCCACUUCCGCGGCCCCGACACCAUCAAGUUCCUUCAAGGCCUCCUCACCAACGACGUCACGACCCCCAAUGUCCCCUUUCGUGCCCCGCCGCCGAUUUAUGCGGCUCUGCUCACUCCCCAGGGGAGGUUUCUGUACGAUCUGGUCCUUUACCGGCCACCGGGCGGGGAGGUGACGUUGGAUCGGGCGGGGUCGGGUCCUGGGCCCGAUAACCCGGGGGAGGAGUUUGCGGUGAUGGCGGACGUUGACGCGUCGACGGUUGAUGAGGUCUUGGAUUGCUUCAAGAGCGGGGGAGGUCGAGGUCGCGGCGGCGGCGGCGGCGCUGUCGGGUCUGAUCGGAUUGAUGCGCUUGGAAAACUGCUUAAGCAGGCAGUUAGGAAGGAUAAUAAGCAACGGUUUAGCCUUUUGGAAGAAAAUGGAGAGCUUUUUAUUCGUGCGAAUCAGGGCCACUCAAUAACGACUAUAAGCUCCGAGAGCCUAUUGAAGCCCAUUCUCUCAGCUGAUGAAGUACCAGUUUGUGUGCAUGGAACCUAUAAGAAGAACUUGGAAUCAAUCUUGCAAUCGGGACUAAAGCGGAUGUCAAGAUUACACGUUCAUUUCUCUAGUGGCUCGCCUGCAGAUGGCGAAGUAAUUAGCGGUAUGUUCUCCAUAAUUUAUUAUCACUUUACGGUUGUAAUUUCUUUUUACCUUCAUGAGUUAAAAUUCUGAUAUCUACUGUAAAGUAAGUUAAUCCUGCAUGACAAUUAUGGGUAAAAUUUGAAAAGCUAAAUUAAUUUAGAAAGACAGAUUUAAAUCUUGCCUUCAUCAUUCACCCUUCUAAAAUAAUCAUACAAAACUACAUUAUUUUAGAAUGCUUAGGGUGGCAUUACACUGAAAUAAAGCUUUGACAUAUGCACAGAAAAGAGAAGUACAACAAAAGGACACACAUGUUUAGUUAAGAUAUCGUAAAUUACAACAUUCAUCUUUUCUUCCUUCCAUCUUCAACGUCCCAAAAGAUAAACCUCACUAAUCAUUUUCUGGAUUUUAUUCAAAAAAUCUUUUCCAUUUGGUGCUUGAGGCCGAUGGUAAGUGCUUGUCAUAACAUUCCUACAUAUGAGUCCUCCUGGCUUCCUUUUGAGUAGAACGUUAAACUGCAUGAUGAUGAUGAUCCGGUCUCUCUGAAAUUGUUUCAUCCAGUUCAAGGAACUCAUUUCAGUGUUAUCCUUAUACCAGACACAGAUGUCAAGUGUUAGAAGUUUUUUCAAAGUGUCUGACAUAGUAACUAUUGAAUGUGAUGGAAUGGGGAUGCAGUGUGUCUGUGUGUAUAAGUUAUUGGAUAUGAGCUGCUACCUCUUUAACCAAGUAAGCUGUUAAAAGAGAAUGGUAGCGUUGAGUAUUGUUUGGUUGUAACCGAACAAAGAUCGAACCGUCUGACUUUUAGCGGUUCGGUGCAGUUUGAAUACUGGCUUAGGUUUCAUUUAAGCUGUAGUAAACUCACUCCGGACCAAAUUGACCGACCUCACUUAAGGAUUCACGUUAAUACUUCACUCAUUCUAAUCCUUUGUGUGUCCCACCUACUAUACCCAUUCAAAGUCUCACCGUUACACCAUUGCCAAGUCCGUAAGCCUACUCAAUGCAUAAUAUGAAGUCUCACGGUAAAACAUCAUUUCAAACUAAUUUCAAGUUGUCCCUUUCAUCAAAAAAGAAAGAAAAAGGAAAAUUGUAAGCUGUCUCCAAAAAAUCAACUGAAUAAUAGAGAGAGAAGCUCGCCUUCAACCUUCUUGCCAAAUAUCAAUAACAAACCGAUCAUCAUAGCUUAUUCCUCAAUCACCUUUUGGUUCUUUUUCAACCUCUAACUUAUUUAAUCUCCAAUCUAUCUUUUUAUCUUGUAUUUACCAUGACAAUGGGGUCUAUGCUUAAUGGAUUGCAAGAGUCUAUUGUUGCAAGUUGCUUCAUGGUGGUGGAGCAAAAACUGACUUAACCGAACCGAAACCGCUUGGCUCGUUUUUGUUCAGUUUGUCCGAUGGUUCGGUUUAGAUUCGGUUUGAUUCAAGAUGGUCAAAACCGGCCGAACCGACCGUAUGCUCUCCCCUAGAGUGUCGUGAUAUCCACUAGUUCGAGUAUGACUAGUAGGAUGCGCUUUGCCGCCGGCCUAUAUCUGGGUAGAUAAUUUAGCAACAUGAACCGUCUAAACAAAUUUUUCCUAUGCACACGUGUGGGUAUAUAUAUGUAUAUGGAAAAGUGGGUAUGUUGUGGCUACUCAUUUUUUUGAUGAGCUGCUGAGAGAUAGAUUAGUGGUAAUGAUCAUCCUGCUAAUCACAUGUCAUUGACAUCUCUUGGUUGCUCAUUUUGUUAAAUUAGGUGACAUUUCAUAACUAGUAUGCCCACAAGCACACAUUAACAUACACAUGCAACCAUGUACACAUGCACAUAUGACACAUGCAUACGCAAGCACACCCACCUCACACCCAUCCACAUGCAAGGGCACAUGCACACGCAUUCACGUGACGCCCGCACACAGACACAAGAAGUGUGCACGCACACCCCACCUACCCGCCCACACGCGCGCAAGCACGUGCACACCUGCGUGUGACAUACAACUUUUUCUCUCGCCAAGUUAGCGCUUACAUUAGCGCCACGUCAACCAGGCUCUAGAAUGUUAAUGUAUAUUCUUGAAUAUUCUUGUAUAUUCAUGCAUAAGAGAUAUUUGUAUAGAAUCUCAAGAGGAUUAAUCUUGAUCAUUGGAUGUAUAAAAUUUUCGAGAAGAGAAAUCCGGGCCAUUUAUGUAAACGGGAGCCUCUCUUAUGUAAAGAGACCAAAGGGGAGCUCAUUUGUAUCCAAACAAGCUUGAGUAAUAGAAAUCUCAAGUUCCCUCUAAAGUAGUGUUCUUGUGUGCUUUGUUUGGUAGGCUAAGCUUAGCCGUUCUAGUGAGCCAGAGUAACUAAGUGUCGCACAGGAAGGCUAGCUUGUGAGAUAAAAAAAGGCGCUGUGACGCACGCACGCACAUCAAAGUGCAUGAUAUGUUAUGGAACACAGCGUACAAAAGUGCAUGAUAUGUUGGAAAACACACCAUUCAGUACUGUGCAAUUCAUUAGAAAUUGAAUGAUUCAUGGUAUAUAACAUACCAAAGUGGAUGAUAUGUUAGAAAUUGAAUAUUCACUCCGUUCAUAUUGAUCAAAACAACUUCUUAAAUAUGAAAUUUUUUAACUUUUAGUUUAUGAAUUAUGAGAUUAUUUAUCUUGAGAAAAAAUGAUUUGGCCACCAUUUGAUGCACUAGUAAAAGGUCAUAUGAGUUGCAUGGUUUGAUUUUUAAUAACGUAAUAGCAUGAAGAUAUAUGGAAUGAAGCAG